AGCGGCUAUCAUCUCCCACCACUACCACUAUCAUCAUCACUAUCACUGCCGUUUACACGUAAACUCCUGUCCAAGAGUUACUUCCACUCUAUCACUACCUGCCACUAUUCCCCUCUCUCCAACAGUUGUAGUAAGUUAAGCUGGAUCUGCAAGAUCACCACAUUCUUACCAUUGAACACAACCCCGGCAGACGUUUCCAUGUGUUGUCAGCUCCAACAACUGACUACAUUAAAUACACUCUACUACAUUUAUUAUUUUUUAACACAGUCUGGACAUAUUUGGAUUUAAGUUUUACCUUUUAUAAAUUUUAGAAAAAGAAUCGACAAACAUAAUUAACUUUUUUUUUUAACCCAAGUCAGUUUUUCUGAGACAAAGACGAGAAAUAUAUGAUUAACAAAUUAAUUUAUUUGGAAAGUUAAAAAAAAAAACAAAGCCCUCCAAAAGUAAUAAUUUCUAAUUAAUUGAUUGAAACCCCAAACAACUUUCUGGUUUGUUAACAAACUUGUAUAAAUUGUUUAAACGCAGUCACCUAUGAACCUUUACUUCCUCUGUUAAUUAUAUUGAGAUAUCUAGGUGAAAGAUAUCGAUCUGUAUUAAAGGGGAGGAAAACCAAUAGCUAAAUGUACCGGCAAGUAAGGUCACAGUUUCUAGCUUCGAUUAUUCAACUGAAUCAUUUGUCGGUCGGAGACCUCACUUAAUUUACCAACAGGAAACAAAGACAACCGUCAGACGGAAAGAAAAGAGAAACAUCAUUAUAAGAUUACACAAUAAGAAUGGGGGAAAUGCAGUUUUCUAUCUCCAAUAUCCACUAUGAACCACUGAAGUGGACAGGUAGUCCAAACCAGAACUCUCCUCAUCUGACAAUGCAGCCCUCUUAUCUAAACUGGGAAUCUUACCCAGCUACACAGGAAAGGACCACACCUUAUGAGAAACGGUAUAACACUCUGGAGAGUGUUCUCUUGGGCCAAGUUCCUGCCAGUUAUUCCCAUUUAACUACCUCACCUCACCUAUCUUCAUCACCAUCAAAUUCUUCAUCUUGCUCUACAUCACCCUCUCCAACAGCAUUUUCAGAUCGUUCUUUCUCAGCCAGUCCUUGCUACUCUACUGGUCAAUCAUUUUAUCAUAAAUCUGACGUUUCUCGCUCUUCAGCAUCAAGUCCAUCAGGUUACCAAUCAGAACCAAUGGAUUUAUCUUGUAAAGGCUUUUCUUCAUCUGCAUCUUCAAUUUGUUCGACAGGAAGUAGGAAAUCUAUUUGUAGUGACAGCUCUGGCUAUGGAGGAGAGGAGCACCAACUAGAAGAUGCUACAUUUCCAUUAACAUAUCAAUAUACACAUGACAAUGGUAGAACAACGGAUCCUUCACUCCUUUCUUCCUGUGGUACCACAUACAUGUCAGUGGAUCAGCAGGCCAUGCAAAUGGCAAAUUCUUCAAUAAAUCAACCUCUCAGAAGCAGACAUUCUCCAAUCCAGUUUCUCAGUGAUACUUCAAUUCAACAGCGACAAUCUCCUAUCGAAAAUCACUUAUCAACAAUCCCCCCAUUACAUCAGCAGCAGCAGCAGAAACAACAUCAACUAUUAGAUGUACCACACCAUAGUUUACAACAACAGUCUUCAAGUGUCCAGAGCAGUGACAUGUCUAUGGAAAUUCAACACAGCCUUGCUAUGCAGGGUCAGUCUUCACAUAAGAAAGACUCAUGUAAUAACUCACCGAGCAGACACUGCAUCUCUCCAAGAUUAGUAUUACAUCAUAAUUCAUUGACUGGCCACCAAGAUGAGCAUCGGUCACCUUGGCAAUCUACUUCCCAGCCUCAACUAUCCCAGCAGUCUUUGCAGAAUAGUGAUUCUUAUCAAGCUGGUAUUGAUAGCCGUCCAUCUCCACCGCUCCAGAACCAAUCUUCAACCCAAUCAAAAAAUGGACAUUCACUCUUGCGAGAUCUUCUCAGUUGUGGUCGAAAUGAUUCCAAACAAAAUAAAAUGUCAUUAUCGUCCUCAUCAGACUUUUCUUCCAUUUCUUCAUCAAAUUCUUCCUCAAAUGAUGACACUAUGUCACAAGAAAAAGAAGCUAAAAUAGAAUAUGAUGGUUCGAAAGAUUACUUAUUGUCUAGCACAGCUCGUGUGACCCUGGCCAAAAAAAACCUUCUGCCAAUCAGCGCCCGUGUCACUGAAUGGCUUUACAAAAUGGUCAAGUUUGCUAAAGAAAUUCCUCAAUUUAUGAAGCUUCCCAACAACGACCGCCUAACGCUCAUCUUGAACUCAUGGACUCGUAUGCUGUUAAUGCAUAUGGCUGAGAAUAACUUCCAGUUUGCUGUCACGCCUCUUCCAUCAUCUCCAGCCCGUGACCACGAGGUUCCAGCGUCUGAUGAACCAACCAUGAAGUCUGUUGAAAGUAUACAGAGCAUCAUACGCAAAUGUCAGUGUAUGAACUUGGAUAGUUCUGAAUACAAAUACUUAAGAAUGUUGGUGCUUUUCAAUGCUGGUUAUGUUGGAUUAGAGAUGGCUUCCAUUGUCGAUAGCAUGAACAGCUGUAUUCAACAAAGACUCCAGCAACAUAUCAACACCAAACAUCCACGGGACCACAUCAGAUUUUCACGUGUUCUUAUGAGUCUCCCUUCUUUGUAUGGCAUCAAUUGUAAAAUGGUAGACAAUUUGUUUUGCCGUUAUAUUCAUGGUAAAACUGAUGUGGAAGUCUUACUUAAAGAUCUUCUUCAAGACCUGUGAAUGCACUGUAGCAUGCUUGCAUGCUACCUAGAAGUUGGAUUGAUGUGAAACAACCAUACAAAGGACUGCAGAAGUCAACAGAACUGAAACUAAUUCCAUCAAAGAAAGACAUUAUGAAAGCUAUCAAAAGUAUACUGCUGAUAUUGCUGUUAGUGCCAUCUAUCUGGGUUGAUUGUUGGCAAAGAAACAGAGAAGAAAUGGAGGAAAAAGAAGCUUUCAUAUCAUUGAGAAAGCAGAAAAUCCAGUUAAUUCUGGUUCUAAUGCUGAUUCUAAGAACUUACAUUUCUUUUUUGUUAACAUUGGCAGGAAAAUUCCCUCUGUUACUGCAAUGGUUGACAUUCAGAGAAAGAUGUGCAAAGCAAUAUGGAGAGAGGAGAGCACCAUUGUGCAUUUGAAGUAGCACAAGUGUGUGCUUGAGAGCUAACACAGCGCCGUGAUACAGAUUGUGCAGGUAUUAGACAGUAAACUGUCUAAAUAGAAACUAAUUUAUAAAAGAUUGUGGAACAAAUAUAUAAAUGGACUGACUUGUGAUUCCAUUGGCAAAUAGAACAACUGUGGUAACAGAUGGGCCAAAAUGAAGCUAGAACCAAACAUGGGAUUAUAGACUUGCAGACUCAAAAGUGACUAUUAUGAAUCCCAUCCCUUGUUCAUGUAUUUCAAUGUGUUGCCAUAUGUGCACUAUAAACUGCAAUUUAUGUAUUUUGUGUGUAUAUAUGUAUGUGUGAGUGAGUGUAUGUAUAUAUGUAUGUAUGAUGAUGAUAUAUAUAUAUAUAUAUAAUGUGUGUGUGCGUAUAUGCAUGUGGCUAUGUAAUUGUGAAAGAAAAAGCCUGUAUGCAAAUUUCAUUGUGAAAGAUCAACAAAACCAGAAGUUGAGAUGGAACAAUAAAACACAAUGAGUGUUAAAGCAUCUAAAAGACCUAAAUUUUAUUUGGUAGGGUCCAAAAUAUAAGUCCCAUACACACACAAACCUCUUUCUAUGUAAUUAUACUGUUGAAGGGAGACACUUGGAGAAUGGUUAAAAUAACUUUUAAUAUUAUUAUUUAUUUUUUCUAUUUAUAGUAGAAUUUGCACACACACACACACACACACACACACCACACACACACACACUCAUAAACACUCACGCACCAAUUAUUAUGAGGUCACUAUAUGCAAACAUAGGCAGUUAUAAAAUUCUGUGAGGGAAUUUCAAUUUAAGAAAUUCUCAGACUUCAUGGUCUUUUAUGUUACAUGCACAAGUGACUGUUGUGAUUUGCUGUAUCUUCAUAUCUGAGAAACCACAUCUACCUUUGGUUUUGGUUGUGACAAUAUCCUGUAUUUUGGAGUUGUGGCCACCACAGGAAAAGAAAAGCUACACAACCAAGCUUCAUAUGUAAUACACUAUAUAUAUAUAUAUAUAUAUGCGUGUGUGUGUGUAUAUGUAUACAUAUACAUACACACAGUUGUACACAUACCUAUAUUCAUAUACAUAAAUACACUUGAUACUUUUUUUUUGUUUUAGAAAUUUUAAGAAACUACAAUUUACUGAGCAGAAACCAGAAUGCCUUAACAUAUUUGGUUUUCAGGGAUCUAAAAAUGUCUUUCUUGUUUUUAAGAAAGUAGCUUCUCCAGUGUCGUUGACAGCUGGAUUGCUAUCAACAGCUGGUUGUAUGUUUGUAAAACUACUUGCUUGUGUGGAUGACACAGCAUAUUGUGAUAAACCUGUAGUGUCACUUGGAGUGGACCAACUGCUGAACAACGGUGGCCAAACUACUAAGAUGACCAUAUUCAACAAAGGGCAGGAAGAUAUGUUGAACUCUUAACAAGAAUAUCUUGAUUAUCAUUUUCUUCAUUAGGGUUAUUUAUCAUUUUUUUGUAUAUAAUAAUUGUCUUGUUUGGGUAAUUGAAUCAUUAAACAAAUUUCAGUUCCCAGUGAGAAAAUGCAAAACAUUUCAUAUAAGUUGCCAGUGCCCUUAGGAAAAGCAUGAUUGUCAUACUCCUGUAUCCCUCCCCUAUAAGUCUGAGACGUCAUGCCUAUGUAAGAAGUGAUUAUUUUAUAAAUAUUCAGGACAGAAA